AUGAAGGUCAUCAAUGCUGGAAGCGAACUCAACAUUCCUUUCCUUAACGACAUCAGAAAUUCGGUCACGCAUCUUGCCAUCAGUACCACUCCGGCUAUGGGAGCAACUUCGAACCGCCUCCACGUCACAGAGCGUUUGGAUCUUAAUGUUGACAAUAUUGAUAUUUCGCUUGCCAUAACGCAUCGCCCAGGCCGGCUCUGUCCCGUGCUAUUUCUGCAUGGAUUUGGAUCGACCAAAGAAGAUUACACCGAUUUCCUGCUUAAGAAGAGUUUCGACGGCCAUGCUUUCGUAGCAUAUGACGCUCCUGGUUGCGGGCAAUCAACAAUCACAGAACACAAACAGCUAUCAAUUCCAUUCCUAGUUAAGACUGCAGAAGCAUUAUUGGAUUAUCUCCGCAUCGACCGCUUCCACCUCGUUGGGCAUUCCAUGGGAGCACUUACCGGACUCGAGCUAUCGCACAAGCACCCUGCGCGUGUGCUAAGCUUUACAAAUAUCAAAGGCAAUCUCUCUCCCGAAGACUGCUUCCUCAGCCGACAAAUAUUCGAUUACCCGACAUCGGAUGACAAGCUGUUCUUCCAGGACUUCAUUCAUCGGACCUUUAACGCCACGUUCUUCGGCAGCGCAAUGUACGCCACGAGUCUGCAGCUCAAAGCUAGAGCAGAGUCAGUCCGACCAAUUUUCUCCUCAAUGGUGAAGCUCUCUGAUGCGGGCGAUCUUCUCGACAAAUUUCUGGCUUUGCCUUGUCCAAAGAUCUUCAUGUUUGGCGAGCAGUACGAUGCGCUGUCAUAUCUGAAAAAGCUCGGCGAGUCGGGAGUGACACUGGCUAGGAUCGAGGACUGCGGACAUUUUCCAAUGUAUUCGAAUCCACCAUUGAUGUGGCGGUACAUACUCAGGGCAAUCACCGAAGGAGAAGAAGCUUGUAGAUAA